GACAGUGCUGCUUCACCUUCUGUUCCAGGUUGAAUCCCAAAAAUGUUCACCAGAGACCUACAGUGGCCCUGCUGUGUGGGCCCCAUGUGAAGGGGGCUCAGGGUAUCAGCUGUGGAAGGCACCUAGCCAACCAUGAUGUCCAGGUCAUCCUCUUCCUGCCAAACUUUGUCAAAAUGCUGGAGUCCAUCACCAAUGAGCUGUCUCUCUUCAGCAAGACCCAGGGCCAGCAGGUGUCCAGCCUCAGAGAUCUGCCCACUAGCCCCGUGGACCUGGUGAUCAACUGCCUGGAUUGCCCUGAGAAUGUCUUCCUGCGGGAUCAGCCUUGGUACAAGGCAGCCGUGGCCUGGGCCAACCAGAACCGGGCACCAGUACUCAGCAUAGACCCUCCUGUGCAUGAAGUCGAACAAGGCAUUGAUGCCAAGUGGUCACUGGCUCUGGGUCUGCCUCUGCCCCUGGGGGAGCAUGCAGGUCGCGUCUAUUUGUGUGACAUUGGCAUUCCCCAGCAGGUAUUCCAAGAGGUGGGCAUCAACUACCACUCACCCUUUGGCUGCAAGUUUGUCAUCCCUCUGCACUCUGCCUAGAAGGGCUCUGGGUGGACUGGGCCCCGCAGUGACCCGCUGCUCCCGACACUGAGCUUGACAGCGAACGCCUUAAGGAUGUGAAACUUCAUGGACCUUGAUCAAUUUUUUCUCUUUUGGGUUUAUUUUUCCUGUGAGAGAACAGAUCAUAUUUAAAACUGACCUAUCACCUGCCCUUAGACAGGGAAAGCUCCCCCACUGGGUGUGCGGGUUGUCGGGCGGCCCGCUGAGCGCAGUGGCUCCAGGCAUCUCUAUACUUGGCCUUCUCCUGCAUGGCCAGGCGGGGCUUUGUUUACAGACAUAGGCAGCUCACAGACUGUGUUUCAGGUUUACAGCCACGGCCGGGUGCACGCCUUACGGGGGGUGGGGCGGGUCCUGGUUGGGGGCCUGUGUUUGCUCCAUUUCAGAGCUUGUGGCUUCCUCUCCGGUUUCCCCCAGUGAGCCCGUCAGCCCCUCCUCUGAUCACGUAGAACUGGCCGCGCUGCCGCCUUCCACUGGAGGGCGGACUGGCACGCUCCAUUCAUUUUGGGGACUGGGGUGAGGCUUUCUGAGCCUCACAAGUUUAUUUGGGGAUUUUGGCCCUUUCUCCUGAGCUGAUCCGAGUUUCACGCUGGGAUUGUUGUCAGCGGUCCCCCCUCCUUCCCGUUCCAUCACUCAGAGACGGGGAAGGGGGCGGCAUUAGGAUGGUUUUACUGCACUGGGAUUUCAUACCGGUUUUCGGCUGUUUUCACAGGUAUCAUAAGGUUAUGUUACUGUAGAACCGCAGAGCCCCCCAACUCCAUACCCGCUCUAGCUGGGGGCUGAGCCCUCAAGGUGCACCUUUAAUGUUCAGUGUUGGGGAGCCCCUGGGGGAGCCUGGUGCUGAGUCAGAGGAGGCUCCCUGGUGCUUCCGUCACCCCAGAGCAGGGUGCAUGGCUGUCUCGUCUGGGCUCUGCCCCAGCUCUUAGUGUCGGGGCUUUGAGCCCUUGGUGGUUGUCCAGUCUAGGUGAGUAAGCUUGGGGUCGGCACCCUGUCUCAAAGAUGCCGAAAUGAGGCUAGUUCUGAAUGAGCUACCUGGUGGGGCUGUCACAGGAUCGCACUGCUGCUCAGAUCCUAUGGCACGGAGUCCCUGGACCUUCCUAGGCCUUGGAGGCUGCUUGGUAGGACAGGAGCCAUGCCCUGGAGUCCCUGGCACGGGCCCUUGUGCUUUCAAGCCUUUUUCCGGGCUCCAGGCAUCCUUCUGCCCUGUGCCCACCCACUGUGGCUCGGGGUGAAUGGGAAGGCUCACCACGGAUCGAGGAUGCGGUAGGCCCGGGUAGCGUGGGUUUCGGGCUACCUAACCGCUUCCCUCAUAGGAGUAUAGCCAGGAGCAGACGGAGGGGGGCGGGGGGCGGGUCUCUCCUUCCCUCCCGUCCUCCCUCAAAUGUCUCCAGCAGCGGGAGAAGGCCAGAGACUGAGCCCUGUGCUGUGCAUCCUCCAUGGGGCUUCGCUCACUCUCAGGGCCAGGAAGCUCCCAAGUGAGGCCCUUCCUUUACUGGCAAGGCCCGCAGUCCGAGCAGCAGGGCUGGACUGCUUACAGGCAUUUUCGUAAGUAACCGUUAGACAGAGUCUGGCUGCCUGUUGCAGUCAGGCCCUCUGACUUGGUACAGUGGAACACCAGUCAGAAGAACUGUGUCCCGGCAGACUGCUUGCUCCUGACCCAGGGUCAACUGCAGUGGCCCUGGGUGGGUGAUGGCCUUUGUUGAGGGGCAGUGGGAGUCUGCACCCAAGCCGCUCCCUCUUCUCUCCCCAGGUGGCACUGGAGCCUCUUCCCACCCUUAGCCUAACCCCAGUGGUAUUAAAGAUAAGCAUGACUCCUCUGUCUUCAGCUCUUUUCAGAGGCAUCCUGCCCAGAGUGCCCAGUUCCCAAGGGGCCCAGCCAGCUGGUCACGACCAUAACUCAUGCAGCUCUUGGGGAGCCAAAAACCAGCACUAAAAUAAAGCUGAAUGGUGGA